UCCCGAGUUGCUGCUGCAGCAGGAGGAAGACCGCAGCAAGGAUCUCCAGGCUUCCCAUUUGCUGAAAUAACCAUUUAAAGAACUGUGCAUGGUGCUGAGGUUACCACUCCGAGAUCAGUGUGUGCCUUUCUAUGGUGCUGAGAUCUGUAUCUGUGGACCUGAAUGUUGAUCCCUCGCUUCAGAUUCACAUACCUGAUGCAUUCAGUGAGAGAGAGAAAGUCAAAUUUACAGUGCACACCAAGACCACAUUGCCCACAUUUCAGAGCCCGGAGUUUUCUGUUACACGGCAAUAUGAAGCCUCUGUGUGGCUACAUGCCACUCUUAUUGAAAAUAUAGACUAUGCUGGGCUUAUUAUUCCACCUGCUCCUACAAAGCCUGACUUUGAUGGACCUCGAGAGAAGAUGCAGAAACUGGGAGAGGGUGAAGGGUCUAUGCCCAAAGAAGAAUUUGCUAAGAUGAAGCAAGAGCUGGAAGCUGAGUAUCUUGCUGCCUCUAAGAAGACCGUGUCCUCCCAUGAAGUCUUCCUUCAGCGGCUUUCUUCCCACCCUGUUCUCAGUAAAGAUCACAACUUUCAUGUUUUCCUCGAGUAUGACCAGGAUCUAAGUGUUAGGAGGAAAAAUACCAACGAGAUGUUUGGUGGCUUUUUCAAAAGUGUAGUGAAAAGUGCUAAUGAAGUCCUUUUUUCUGGAGUUAAGGAGGUAGAUGACUUCUUUGAGCAAGAGAGGAAUUUCCUCAUUAACUAUUAUAAUAGGAUCAAGGAUUCGUGUGGGAAAGCUGACAAAAUGACCCGGUCCCAUAAAAGUGUCACUGUUAACUACAUCCACACUGCAGCCUGCUUGCACAGCCUGGCUUUAGAGGAGCCUACGGUCAUCAAAAAGUACCUAUUGAAGGUUGCUGAACUGUUUGAAAAACUUAGGAAAGUAGAUCGUGUCUCCUCAGAUGAAGAUUUAAAGCUGACAGAGCUCCUCCGAUACUACAUGCUCAACAUAGAGGCUGCUAAGGAUCUCUUAUACAGACGCACCAAAGCACUCACAGACUAUGAGAACUCAAACAAAGCCCUGGAUAAGGCCCGGUUGAAAAGCAGGGAUGUCAAGGUGACUGAGGCGCAAUAGCAGGAAUGCUGCCAGAAGUUUGAACAGCUUUCUGAAUCUGCAAAAGAAGAACUAAUCAAUUUCAAACGAAAGAGAGUGGCAGCAUUUAGAAAGAAUCUAAUUGAAAUGUCUGAACUGGAAAUCAAGCAUGCCAGGAACAACGUCUCCCGGCUGCAGAGCUACGUUGACUUGUUCAAGAGCAACUGAUCAGCCUGUUCUCUCAAUGAAGGACAUGAUGGGAAAGCCAGUGUACUUGCACUUAAAUCAUUACCACAGAAGACUUAUUACCCUUGACUUCAGUUUAAGAUGAUGUGAAUAAAUAAUUUUGAUUUCUAAAAAUCUUAACACUUAACCAUGUUGGUUUAAAAAUAUUUUAUUGCAUGCUAC